AUAUAUGUGAAAUGGUUUGAUACAGUAAUGUUUUACUAUGUUAUUUUAGUGUAUUUAGUGAAUGUCACUUUUUGCCAUUUUCAAAUUUCCCGCCGUUCCGUCCCGUCUCGACGUUGCAGGGGACGGAACCCAGAAGACAGAUGCCGGCAUCCGCCGGAGGACAUUACAGGGGACACUGCAGGAGGGACAUCGUGGGAGCGCAGGGCAAGGUAAGUGAAGAACAGAUCCCAGAGCAACGCCGCAUGGUAUUCCCGAGUGUAGCUUGGGGUUACCGCUUGUGCUACACUCGGGAAUACCGCCAGGGGGGUUA